AGCCUUAUUGGACAACCUAUCAACACUGGUGGCUUCAGAGGAGCUAGCAGUAGUAGUGUGGGGCUUAGACCAUCAUUAGUGGAGUCAACACUGGGUCUCCCACCACAGCCUCAACCAACCAUUGGUGUUAUGUCAUCACCAGCACAAUUUGCGACUCCCUACAGCCAGCAAAUGAGUCACCACUUCCAUGCCACUGCUAGCAGCUAUCUGCCGAGUAGUGUCCCAGCAAUGCACGGCAGUAUGGCCAGCUCUAACCAUCCUGCGGAAAUGCACGCCGGCUUUCCACAGACCCCACUGCACCAUCUAGCACAAGGCGUCGAGUAUCAACUGGACAACCCCUCUGCCCCUCCACUGUUUGGCGGACAUCCCAGAAAUCUGUGCGAAUGGCGUGUAAACAACGGUCUACAAUUGUGUGGGUUGGCUUUCUAUAGUGUCACCGAACUAGCGCAGCACAUAAGCAACGUUCAUCUCCAGCAACAGGACACUACCGAAAAGGAGGAUGGCAACGUCCACAUCUGCCACUGGGACCAGUGUUCACGCAAGAAAGGAUUUAAAGCCAAGUACAAGCUUGUCAACCAUAUACGAGUUCAUACAGGGGAAAAACCCUUUAUCUGCAAUCAUCAAGACUGCACACGCAAAGCAUUCGCAAGAGCCGAAAACCUGGAGAUACACUACAGAGUCCACAUAAAGGAAACGCCGUUUGCCUGCACCUUCCCGGACUGUAAGAGAAGAUUCGCAAAUUCCUCGGAUCGAAAGAAGCACAUGCACGUGCACACGAAUGAUAAACCCUACCGAUGCAGGGCAGCAGGAUGUACGAAGAGAUUUACACACCCGAGCUCGCUUAGAAAGCACACCAAGCAGCAUGAUGCUCGAAAUGCAGCCAAUGGCGGUAAUGCUCUUUCCUACAGUACCACGGACACCAGCGCAGAGAACAGUGGCUUGCCGUCUGCGGAUGGUUCUAUUGCUGUGGACGGAGAAAGUGAUCAUGGCAGUUCGAUUUCAUCCGAUGAGGUACUUGCAGACCAGCACCACCACCAUCAACAACAGGAAGAACAGCAGCAGCAGCACCAACAUCAACAACAAGGUUUUGCACUUGUGACUUGCAUGGACCAGUGUCAGCCUGCACAGCCGCAACACUUACCACUGGGAACGUCCUUAAGCAUGCUGACUGUGAAUUCAACAUCCACGUCAUCUUUGCCUCAGUUACCUUAUCAUUUGCACUCUGCCCAGGCAACUGCUGGUAGUCAUCUGGUCAACAGUGCACUGCCAACACCACCUGGACAGCCGUCUGAUAGCUAUGCGGUGUUCAGUGAAGUAUGCCAUGACAAUGCCGGAAAGGGUGACCUAGUAGUGGCAAGCCUAGGCAGUAGAGCAACAAUAAAUGAUCCCUUGCCUACAUGUUCCAUACAGACAUUCCCACAGCCGCCGCCACCACAGCCAGAAGCAACAGCAGCAACAGAAGCAGCAGCUGUGCCAGCAGCUGUGCCAGAACUAACUCAAAACAGACAGCUUGUUCAGCAGCAACAUACUCACUUCCAAUACCCGGCAGCACGUCAGCAGUUGCAGCAACAACCUCAUCAUCAACAUCCAGAACAGCAGCUCCAGAAGCAGCAUCAGCAGCACCAGGCAUCACAUGACCAAUGUCAGCAGUCGCAAAUCUAUCUAACUCACCACCAUCAGCUGCCGACGCCCACACACACACAGCUAUCGCUGUUGCCGGCACUGGUGGCUCACACACCGCAGCACCAGUCAUCACCUGUGUCUCAGACGCACAACCAUCAGGCACAGAAGCACUCUCUCCCAUCGCCGAUGCAGCUGCACCAGCAGCAUUUUGCACAGCAUUCGGCAACUGCUCAGCCAACACUAUUUCAUCCAGUCCUCUUUAUUCUCGUGAGCUGUGUACUUGUUUUGCUGUUUGUUUGGUUUAUUUGAAUUCGCUCAGUAACCGUGUACUUCAGCUAUUCUCUCCUCCCUCUUCUGAAUUUGACUCUCCGCUGGCCUUCUCUCCCAUCCCCUUACAUUGUAUUGGGCCUCCGCAGCUCCCCCCCCCC